ACUCCCACACAGAGCUCAACAGAGCACAGAGGAGACAGGUUUUAGAGGACCUUAGGAGACGGCUGACGAUGGAGAGGCUGGCGGUGUUGAGGGCAUCGAUCCCUGCCAUCCCAAUGGCGACAGAUUUAGAUAUUUUGGAGACUGUAAGGAAAGAAGAAGAGGAUGAGGAGGAAAUGUUAUGUUCACCUACAGAAGCAGAGGAGGAAGUGGACUGCAAAGAGGAUUCCUGCCACUGCCAUGCGCCGAUCCUACGACUGAAAAAGGCUGUGCAAGAGAGGGAUGAAGCACUGCAUACAAGAAGUGAGACCAACAAAUCCAUUAAAAAGGACAACCUGAAGUUGAUCUCUGAUCUGCAAAGGGCGAGGAAGAAAUACCAGCUGCUGAAAAGGCAGAUGGGGGUUGGCAUGGUGAAGGCCCUCAACUUUCAGGCAGAGUCAGACACAGACACAAAGCAAGAGGAACAUGACCAAGCUACAGGUACAGGGGACCAGAGAGAGGAGCCUACAGAGUCCGGCUCUACUUGCAAACUCAUCUUCCCGGGCUCUGCUAUGAGUGUGUUUAUCGAGGGAUUCAGGAAGACCUGUGAGGGCCCUAAUCCAAAUUAUAAGCUGAGUGAAAAUUGUGCCUCAAAGGUCAAGAGGGUGACGCAAUUUUUAAACUACAUGGCGAAGAAUGAGACCUACCAGUCCUCUCUCAUUUUCCUGACAGACCAUGACAAAAUAAGGAAAUGGGUUCAAUUCCUCCAGAAGAACAAGGCAAUCACCACAGUCAACCACUACACCUUGACUAUUGGUGCAUUUCUAAAAUAUUCUGAGGAGACCCCUCCACCUGGCUGCCGGUUGACCGUGAACCAAUGGAGGGGGAUCAACCGGUUGAUGAAGGGCAUUAGCAAGUCCAUGAGACGACCAGUUUCCCUUCACCAGGUAAAGGUGAAGGACAACAAGGAAGGCAAGGUGGUGUCGAAAAAGAGCCUGCUGGAGUGCCAGUCUCUUGCCAAGGCAAAAAUCCCUCAAGUGCUGAAGACAUUGGAAGAGACAAGGACACAGAGGAAUCAGUACCGGUUUUAUGGGUACCUGUGUGCCUACUUUACAUCCAUAUACGGCCACAGACCAGGCCUAUAUAAAAACAUGUUGGUGAAAGAGGUGGAGGAGGCAAAAUGUGACCAGUCUGGGAUGUAUCUGAUCAAUGUGGGAGAACACAAAACAAAUCGGGAGUACGGCAUGGUCCAGAUGUCGCUGACGAAGGAGGAGUACAGUUGGUUUUCCGACUUCCUCAAAUUCAAGCACUGUCUCUUAGGGGGAAAGAAGGCCCAGCACUUCUUUUUCAAUUCCACAAACACUCAGAUGAAGAACCUGCCUGCCAACCUGAGGGAGGUGUGGAAGGAGAUGGGUCUGCCCGAAUGUCCUUCGUUCACUGACCUGAGGACCUCCAUUGUCACUCAUGUAAAAAACAUGCUCCCAAAGGUUGACAGGGAAAGGGUGGCCAACUUCAUGUGCCACAACAUCCAGACGGCAGACAAAUAUUAUGCCAUGAAUUUAAAUCCAACCCAAGCAAAUGAAACCAGGGCACUCUUUGAGGCUGCACUGAAGGGGGAAGAUAACACAGUCGCCGCAGAGAACCAGCCCUCCACCUCAGGAGAAAGAAAGCAGAAGGUGAGAGAGGAUGCCUCCCUCUCCGACGGGAGCACCACCCCUGAAGAGACCAAGGUGAUGUACCAGGAGUCUGGCACGUCCUCCGGGGACUCGGAAGAGGAGGAAGAGGAUGAAGAUGAGGAACAGAUGGCCAGACAACCUCCGGAGACACCUCCCAAGGUGACCAAUCCUCAGGUGGAGAUGGAACUAACCCCAAAGAGGAAGCGGAGCAUCUGCAGACGCCACAUGGUGGUCGCCAUCAGCCCCAUGCUAGUCUCACCCCUCAAAGUGACGCUCAAGUCGCCCCACCACUCCCCCAUUGUCACAAUUAAAGGGAUGCAACGACUAAACUCAAAUAAAGUCCGACUAAAAAGUGCCAUUGCCUCAAGGAGGUUAAAGCUGCAGGAGAAGGUGCAAAAGAGAGGAGGGGACCCCUGAUGCAGCUUGAAGGAAGGGGAGCCGACCAACAACAAGACUUCCUCUUCCAAAUAGUCAUGUAGAAUGUUAUAGACUCUCACAUUUACACUGUUCUGAUUUUGUUUGGUUUGAUUUUCAAUUUUGGUGUGCUUGUUUAAAUUUUAGAAGUGUAAAAUGUGUGUAAUUUAGUCUAACUGUCGGUUCAAUGUUCUAUUUUGGUGUGAUUCUUUAUAAUGUAAAGGUUUGUUCUGUUUUAUUAAAUAACUAGUUGAGUAA